AAAAUCCUGGCCUCACCGGCCGGUUUAUCUCCUUGGUUUAAUCUCCAAAAGCAGUGGUCACUAAGCUUUGGUCUGCCCGCCACCUCCGCGCUCCAUCUCUACCUCUCGCAGCCAGCGGAAGAGAAUUUCGCCCAUAUGAGAUGCACUGCGGUUCUGCCAUGCUUGCAGGUGAAGCUUGCAAUUGCAACAGGUAAAGUCAACACCAGCUUCAAGAGCAAGUAAGCUAAGAG